CGUAAAUACACGGUUCUCUUCCUGUUGUGAAGAGAGUUGUCACAUGGGCCUGGCUAUUUACAACAUAGUCGUGAAUUCAGUUUUAAUACUCUUGUUUUCUUCUCCUUAAACAUUCAGCAGUGAGUGAAGAUACAUAACAAUGAAACCGACUCGUCUUCUCCUGUUCAGCUGGGCCUUUUAGCGCAGGCAUAGCUAACGUUAGCUUAGCAAAAAAAAACAAAAAUAAAACAAGCCGCACUUGGUGAGCGUGAGCUCAGUCAACAUGGAGAUAGACGGUCUGGACUUUCUGAACACCCCUCCUUUGAAGACUGUCAGGUUCGGGGGCACUGUUGCCGAAACGUUAGCUAAACACAAACAAGGAGAUUCCAGUGACUACGAGCUGCUGAAGCAUCAGCUGGCUGAUUCUGAGAUAAAGGAUGCUCAGAUCAUCAGCUGGCUGCAGGAAUUCCGGAGCUGUGUGACCCAGCUGACCAAGGACCACGAACAGCUCAUCUACACCAUCCUGAGGCUUCCAUGGGUGGGCCGGAGCCAGGCUGUCGUGGAGGAGUACAUGGCCUUCCUCAGUAACCUGGUCUCAGCGCAGACCGUCUACCUGUGUGCCUGCCUCAAGAUGGUGGUCUCCCAUUUCACUCCCAAGAGAGUGACCAUCUGUGAAGGAGGCGUGGAUAUCUCCGAUUCAGAUGAUGAAGAUGACAACCUCCCCAGAAACUUUGAUCGGUCUCACCAGGCGUUGCAGCUUAUCUCCAGAUACGUCCCAUCCACGAGUCGCUUCCUGAUGCCCAUCCUGCAGGAGAACUUCCCCUUCGUACAGAAAUCCUCCAGGACCCUGGAGUGUUAUGUCCACAACCUCCUGAGGGUGACAGUGUACAUACCGUCCAUCCGACGAGACGUGCUGGAGGUGAUCGUCGGAAAGAUGCUCGUACUGGACGUCAGCGCAUCCCGGUCGGACAUCGAGGAGGCUGAGGAGAACGCGGUGCCGAGCCAGAGGGCCGAGGAGCAGACCGAGGAGGGACUCUUUGACAUGGAUGAGGACGUGGCAGCAGAUCAGCCCUCCAGGACCACAGCGAUGGCCCAUCCAGUGGCCGAGAGGCUGGACACUCUCAUGGUUGUGAUGAUGGCUUACAUCAAGGACAUCUGCCACGUCAGCGGCUCUCUUCAUGUGGACAGGACGAAGGACCUGUACAAAGAUUUGUUGAGCGUGUUUGACAAGCUCAUUCUGCCCACACACGCCUCCUGUCACGUCCAGUACACGCUGUUUUACCUCUGCAGCUUCAGACUGGCCCUGGCGGAGGCCUUCCUGGAUCACCUGUGGAAGAUCCUGCAGAACCCCUCUCAGCCUGCAGUCCUCCGUCAGGCUGCCUCUGGGUUCCUGGGGAGCUUUCUGGCCCGAGCCAAGUUCGUCCCUGUGCCUACUGUGCGGGCCUGUCUGGACCUGCUGAUCUCCUUGAUCCAUCGCUACAUUGACAGCCAGGACAGCAAACAGGCCUGCUGUGAUAUCAACCUGCAUGGGCCCUUCUACUCUGCCUGCCAGGCUGUGUUCUACACUCUGGUCUUCAGGCACAGAGCCAUGCUGGAGGGCAACAUGAAGAAAGGUCUGGAGUACCUGCAGAGUCUGAACCUGGAGCGGGUGGUGAUGUGUCAGCUGAACCCUCUCAAAGUCUGCUUGCCCUCAGUCACCAACAUGUUUGCUGCCAUCACCAGGAAGUAUCAGGUGGUGUUCUGCUACACCAUCAUAGAGAGGAACAACCGCCACGUGCUGCCAGUGGUCCGCAGCUCGACGGGCGGAGACUGCGUCACCACCAACACCAACCCCCUGGACAGCUUCUUCCCCUUCGACCCCUACCUGCUGAAGAGGUCUGGUCACCUGAUCGAGCCGCUCUACCAGGUCUGGGAGGAACUGGCAGACACGGAGCUGCUUCCUGUCAAACGAGGCCGACAGGGCUCGAAGGAGGACGAGGACGACUUCCUGCGUGGGGAGACACCCCAGACCGAGGGCAUCGUGGGAAUGACGCCCAGCUCCUACGAGUCGAACCUCCGCAGCCCGAGCAGCGUGGGUUCGCCCCCCUUCGCCUUCCAGAAACCAUUCUAGUUCCCUGGUCAGACGGACGGUCAUGUUCCACCGUCAAGGACCACUUCCGCUUUUCUCUAGACCUCCCUGCUCUGUGGAUCCAGAAGUUCCGGAGGAUCCCUCCGAAAGGUUUAAGACUUUAUCUUUACUCAGAGCUGCCACAGAAAGACCGGGGCACUCAAACAGAACAGCUGCUUUUGUUUAUUUAUGAAGCUCAUUUUACUGUAGCCUGACGCAGCCUACGCAGCUUUCCCAAGAAACACGUCUGUGAUCCGAGACAGGAACCCCCCCCCCCCC